AAAAAAAAAAAAAAAAAAAACCGCCACAAGCUUCGGGAACCGUCGUAUUAGGUAUCGCAUAUCCGAGCGACCCCAACACUUUUUUAUUUUACCUGCCCUCUUUUCUCUUUCGGAACUCCUGCUUGCUGGUUACCUCGAAGGGGAAACUAUCUACAAGAGGCCUUUUUUGCCCCGCCCACUCGGACAGAUAGACAGACAGAUAGAUAGACGUAUACGCAUACACAGCCAUGUCGCAGACGCCCGUAAAGGUUCCCGCGUCGGCGGCCGCAUAUACGCCCGCUACGCAGGACCAAGACCUGCGAUCGCAAAUCAACGCGCUUCUCAUACGGGAAGGCCACAUAAACAAAAUCCAAGAGCACUUCCUGCACUCGCUCAACGCGCACCCCUCCAACUGGCCGUCCGCAGUACAGUCGCACGCGCUGGCGCUCCUGCGCAGCGGCGACGUGACGACGUUCCCCGCGCUAGUCCGGCGGGUUCUCGAGGACGUGCGGCACGACACCGCCGCGGCUAGCGACGGCACCACCAACACCACUACCAACUCCAACUCUAAUACCAACAACAAUAACAACAACAAUAACAACAGCACCACCUCUACCAACGGGAGCACCAAGACCAACGGCGCAAGCACCAACACCACCACCACCACCACCACCACCGACGGCAGCCUAGCCGUGCCCCAAGCCGUCGUCGACGCCGUCCUAAAGGUCGCGCGCGAGUGCCUCGAUACCGUGUGCGAAGUCGACGACGGGUCGACGGCCGGCUAAGAAGUGCGGCUGCGAUUGAUUGAUGACGGGGGCGUCGGAUCCGCGUUUUGGAUCUAGGAUGGCGGCGUCGUGACGAUGGCGAUGGCGAUGGAAGCCGCCACGGGAAGAACGAAAAGAAAGAACAAAAAAUUAAAUAAACGAACGAAUAACGACGCCCCGACACCUUGAUUGAUGCCUGAUACCUCGGUAGUCAAGGGGUAUCGUAUCGUAUCAUAUCGUAUCGUUGUACUACCCGCCUAGUACGAAGGAGCUGUAAUAUACACAUACAUAGGUACACACACGCUCCUCUCCCCGAGGCCGUGUCCAUAUGCGUGUCCGAAUAGAAAGAUCCCAGGGGCAGGAGUAGGAGUAGGAGUAGGGGGACGGGAGUGUGUUUUUCUUCUUGCUACACGAUUACUACUUUAUCAGAACAAGGCAUGGGGGGGGGCCGGAAAGGGAGCAUUGGCGUUAGCAACUCGGGUUUGAUUUAUAUUUAAGUGUACGAAGGAGGCGAGCAAGGAAUAUCUGGGGCACCUUUGAUGCUCUGAUCCGCAGCAAUGAUAGUUACUACUCAACCAUUUUCAACCAGACC